GUUACUACAGUGUUUACACUGACUGAAGAAGAAUGAAGUCGCUACUAUUAACUUUACAGCAUGUGAAACCAAAAUGGAACGUAACUUUCGGCCGUCCAAUCACAGUCCUCCUUUACAUCCUGUCUGGGGAUACGUGCACGUACGUACUUGCGUAAUGACGCAUUUCCUGUUCUCUACGAAGUUCCCCCUCUUCUCACCAUCGCGCCGUGAUGGCGAUGUUUUGGUGAAAAAUUACGGCGUCGAAAAGGGACGUAAACACGAUUAAAACAUGACAUUUCGACCGAGUGGAACAUAAAGUGGCGUUGCAGGGAAACGACGGACCUAUUAGACAAAGCUUUCGGUCUAUCUUUAUGCAUUCUUCCGCAUGUCCGCUUUCUCCGUAGAUGGUCUCAGGCGAGCGUUGUCUGACGGCGGACGACAAGCUCUCGACGAAUAAUAUGAAGGAGAUGAUCGGUGGUUGCUGUGUAUGCUCAGACGAACGAGGCUGGGCAGAGAACCCACUCGUAUACUGCGACGGUCACGGCUGCAGCGUCGCAGUGCAUCAAGCCUGCUAUGGCAUCGUCCAGGUGCCCACUGGUCCUUGGUUCUGCAGAAAGUGUGAAUCUCAGGAGAGAGCAGCACGCGUGAGGUGUGAACUCUGCCCUCACAAGGAUGGAGCCCUCAAGAGGACAGACAACGGAGGCUGGGCCCAUGUGGUUUGUGCCCUUUACAUACCUGAGGUAGAGUUUGCGAAUGUGUCAACUAUGGAGCCCAUAGUCCUCCAGUCGGUCCCACAUGAGCGCUACAACAAGACUUGUUACAUCUGUGAAGAACAGGGCAGGGAGAGCAAAGCCGCCACUGGAGCCUGCAUGACCUGCAACAAACAUGGCUGCAGGCAGGCUUUCCACGUCACAUGUGCCCAGUUUGCAGGCUUGUUAUGCGAGGAGCAAGGCUCAGACGCAGACAAUAAACACAAGGAGCGGGACAGGCACAAACCAAAACACAAGAAAACCUCAAUGGACAUGUCGCCCUCACUCGUCCUCCCCAACAUCAUGGUGCCAGACAAGAACUACAACAGCGGCAGCGCGGGGGGAGGCGUCGCCUCUCUUCCGGCGUCCUCGCAGAAGCGAUUGGACGAUAACGGCGGCCGUUUCACCAACGCCAACUUUCAGGAGGUCUCGUCGGCCCACCCGGGCGGCAGCUCCAAGGAGGCGCUGGGCGCCGACGCGGCCAAGGCCGCCACCGAGGCGAAGAGCAAGAAGAGCGGCGGCGGGGGCCACGCCGUCGGUCAGCGGGGCGGCCGCAAGUCGCUCACCUCCUCAGGGAAACCCCUCUCCUCCGCCGUGGUCACCAUGGCAACCUCCUCCACGUCUGCAUCCGCUUCCACGGGGCCUUUCCACCAAGGCCUGCUGCUUACCAGUGCCAGCAAGACACCCUCUGCCCCUUCCUCCUCAGACUUCUUAAGUUUCUCCGAUUCUUCGUUGCGUCCAGGCGGCGGCACUACUUUCUCCUCACCGCCGUCUUUCAGCAGCUGCCUUGUGAAGCCGAGCUCUGAAGGCGGAGCUUCAGAAGGAUCUGCGACUCUGUUUGGUUCUCUCAUGUCUGCUUCUGCAGCUUCUGCAGUGGGUGGAAAGCUCUAUGAGAACUCCCACAGUCACACAGCCAGUGAGACAACAGGACUUGUUGGGUCCACUGGCUACAAGCGGCCUCAGCCGUCCAGUUCAGGACUGGGGAUUGGUGGAGCAGCUGCCUCAGGAGGAGGGGAGGACGGAGUGAAGAAGAAGAAAAAGGGCAACUGGCGAAACAGAUUCGGACCCUGCUUCACCACGGACGUGAAGCCCUCUGAGCCAGCUCCAUCCCUGACCCUCCCCACUUCAUCCACAGCCAGCACCUCCUCCUCCUCCACCGCCUCCUCUUCCUCCUCCGUGUCCUCCACGCUCUCGGGCCGGCCCGGCUUGGUCUCCAGCAGCGGAUUAGGAGUGGGGAUGGGAGGAGGAGAGAGGGGGAUGGGGGUCAUGGGUGUUGGCGGCGGGAUUCAAAAGUCCCCGUCGCUCCUCAGGAACGGAGGUCUGCAGACGAACAGCAGCUCCGCGACCACUGGCUCAGGUGUCUUCUCUGUUGCCGACGGGUCAUCGUCAGGGACGGGAGCCGUCGCCAUGGGCGGGGCCAGCGCCGAGUUGUCCCAGCAACAGCAGCCCACGCCUUCCCUGGCCCCUCCCUCUCCGUUCACUGCCACGGCGCCGCUGAGCAGCACAGCCUCCACACACGUGAGCGGUCUUCCGGGCUCAGUCUUCAACCUGGCCCCCCCACACAUGUUCGGCAACAGACUCAACCCCAACUCGACCAUGGCGGCACUCAUCGCUCAGUCAGAGGCCUCACCAGCAGAUCAGGAGGUGGGAGACGGCGGCAGCAGCGGUGGCGGCGUCGGAUCUCAGGGCUUCUCCAUAAGAGCUUCUCCCAAGACCACCCCACGCUCUCCCAUUGGUGGCCUGCAGAUCCGCUAUGACUCUCCGGGGUCGUUGCCGGGGCCCGGGCUGGGGUUGCUAGGGGCUGGGGGCGGCGGCGGCGUGGAGACGCUGCCCCCGGUGGCCACCAGCAUCGAGCAGCUCCUGGAGAGGCAGUGGAACGAGGGGCAGAGCUUCCUGCUGCAGCAGGGAGCUCAGGGAGACGUGGUGGGCAUGCUGAAGUCUCUCCACCAGCUGCAGGAGGAGAACCGAAGGCUGGAGGAGCAGAUUAAAACUCUGACCAUGAAGAAGGAGAGGCUGCAGCUCCUCAGCGCGCAGCUAUCUGUGCCUUUCACGCCCUCGACCGUUUCCUCUGAUGCUAAGGGGUUCCAGCCCGGAGCCGCCGACUCGUCCGUACCUGCGGCAGCUCAGGUAAGGAGGGAAACACUCGGCACGGCGCCUCACUUCCAGCUCGCCUUAUGUGGCUUUAAAUCACCCCGGCCACCAGGGCAAGUGUCGUCCUCUCAGGCUUUUAUCUCUGGCCCCCAGGAGACGGCCUCAUGCGGCGGCCACAGCAGCAGCGGCUCCGCCUCCUCGCUCUCCACCCCCUCCUCCGUCUCCCAGAGCCCCCCCCAGCCUGCGCUCAACGGGGUGGGGGGGGCGGCGGGCGGGCUGGGCGGCGUGGCGGGGCUGAUGGGAGCCCUGGGAGCCGGGAACACGCUGGGCAUCGGGGGCAUCGUGGGAGCCCUGAACGGCGUGAUCCAAACGCCGGCGGGCACCAGCAGCCCCCACGCGCACGCCACGGGGGCAGCGCCGGGCGCCACGCUGCCCGUCUGCAACAGCGCGGGCCGGAUGGGCCUGCUGCCGGAGCAGCAGCGGCUCCUCCUGCAGCAGCACCAGCUCCAGCAGCUGCUGGCCUCUCAGCCGCCGGCCGUCAGACCCGACCAGCAGCAGGUGCUGCUGUACCAGCUGAUGCAGCAGCAGCAGGACCUCCAUCAGCUGCAGUCCCUCUCCUCCUCCGGCCAGAUCCCCUCCAUCCCACUGUCCUCCGCUCAGCUGCCCAUCAGCACCCUGCUGCCCGGCGCCCAGGGCCAGGGCCCCGGCGCCAUCGCGGCCAACCCCUUCCUGGCGCUGCAGCACGCGCACGCCGACCCGCACGGCCCGGGGGCCCCCAAGGCCCGGCUGGCGGAGAAGGCCGUGGGCGUGGGCGGCCAGGAGAAGACAUGA